UCAGACCAGCCGCUGAGGCCGGCGGGGAAGGCGGUCGAUUCCCUGAGCUGAGGGGAGGCCGCAGGAGGGCGAGGCCGGUUCGCGGCGGUCCCCUCCCUGGAAGCCAGGCCGCGGAAGGAGUGCGACGAGGGCGGCCUGCGGAACUCCCAGAGACUGGAGGCUGAGCCAGGAAUCGUUGGUGAGCUUUCUUGUUUCUGGACCGAGCCAACAUGGAUAUGGGAGGCGGUAGCCGGAUCCCCUACGAUGAUUACCCAGUGGUCUUCCUUCCUCCAUAUGAGAAUCCUCCGACCUGGAUCCCCCCUCAUGAGAGGAUUUACCAUUCGGAUUACAACAACGAGUUAACCCAGUUCCUGCCUCGGACCAUCAUCCUGAAAAAGCCUUCGGGGGCUCAGCUGGGCUUCAACAUCCGAGGAGGAAAAGCUUCUCAGUUGGGCAUUUUCAUCUCAAAGGUUAUCCCGGAUUCUGACGCUCAUCGAGCCGGGUUGCAGGAAGGCGACCAGGUCCUGGCUGUGAACGACGUGGACUUCCAAGAUAUUGAGCACAGCAAGGCUGUAGAGAUCUUGAAAACCGCGCGGGAAAUCAUUAUGAGAGUCCGUUUCUUUCCUUACAAUUACCACAGGCAGAAGGAGAGGACGGUUCACUAAACGUCCCUUCCCGACGAUCCUCUCGCUGACCUCCAGCCGAUUCCGAUUUUUGUAAUUUCUUUUUCUGUAAUUCUGUGCUUUAUGGCGAAGCACUCUCUUUUAUUCUACGUUUUUUUUUAAGAUCCCGCUGAAGACCCCCAAAAGUGUCUUUGGUGGGGCAGGGAGGAGAGAAGUCUUCCUUUCUGAUCGGAUGCAUUGUGGAAGUUCUACCAAGACAAGAAGGGCUGUAUUUUCCUUUGGCUUCAUCCUGCG